UUAAGACUAGUUCUUUUAAAUGUGCCCUUCGUUCAAGUCAAGUUUUUGUCAAACAUUUCUUUCAAUCUAAAGUACCUGAUAGAGAUGUUUCAAUCUCAAACUACCUUCAGUCUCUCUUCCUCUGUUCUUUUAAUUUAAACCUUAUGAAGGGUCCUCUAAGAAGAUUUUUUUUUGCUUAUAUUGUUACCUUUUUACUAAGCUUUUAGUUGAUCUUGUUGAAAAAGAAAAAGUGGGUUGUUUGUUGAUUUGAUUUGGAAAAAAGUGAAGAUUAGGUAGAGUGGGUGGUGGUUAUUUUCUCUUGGAAAGUUGAAAAAGAUUUGUAUUUGUUUUUUGGUGUUGGUUGAGAUUGGUGGUGCUUUUUUCUGCCAAAGGUUUGUUCUGAUUACCUUUGCUCUUUGAUUUCUUGUUUCUCUCUUCAGUUUUUAGAUAGAUGAAGAUAGGUUGAUGUUUGAUUCUUGAUUUGGUUUCCUUGAAGUUUUUGUUAUUCAGUUGAAGAAAGAUGCAAGUUUUAUUAAAGUCAUCUCUUUUUCACAAUUUCUUUCUUCUUUACCCUUGUUGUUAUAUGAUAAAGUCUUGGAGGGGUAUGAAAAAUCAAUAUUUAGUUGCAGGGAAUGGAUGGAAAGGUUGAAUUUUUUGAGUUUAGAGCAGAUGGGGUGUUUUAGAUCUUGAAAUCCAGGAAAAGGACAACUUGCUUAAAUAGAAGUGGGUACUUUUAUAGAUUUCCAUUUGUGGCAGAUGGGAUUUUAUUGUCUUUGCAAAGGAAUUGGCUCGAGGAAAUGAAUACUGAAGUUUUUAGCUAUAGUCGAGAGAGUUGCCCUUUCUUUAUUUAAUUGAAUAAUAAAUUUUUAUAUAUUGGCGGUGUGGAAGUUCGACUCUUUACAUGUAUGGAUUGAGCCAGUACUCACCUGAGUGCCAAUGUUAAGAGCAUUAGCUCUUGGCUUGUUGAUUACUUUUUUGGUGAUCGUGGUUUCUGCCAUUGACAAUGAGUUUGCAAAUUGUCAUUGUGAUGAUGAGGGCUAUUGGAGUAUACAUAGCAUUUUAGAGUGCCAGAAGGUGAGUGAUUUCUUCAUUGCUGUGGCAUAUUUUUCUAUACCUAUUGAACUGCUUUACUUCAUUAGUUGCUCGAACGUUCCCUUCAAAUGGGUCCUCCUUCAGUUUAUAGCCUUUAUAGUGCUUUGUGGAUUGACUCAUCUUCUCAAUGGAUGGACUUAUUAUGGUCCCCACUCAUUCCAGUUGAUGCUAUCCCUCACCAUUGCCAAAUUCCUUACAGCCCUUGUCUCGUGUGCCACUGCAAUAACACUUUUAACUCUGAUCCCUCUCUUACUCAAAAUAAAAGUGAGGGAGCUUUUCUUGAGGCAAAAUGUAUUUGAAUUAGAUCAAGAGGUUGGGAUAAUGAAGAAGAAGAAGGAAGCCAGUUCACACGUUCGAAUGUUAACACAGGAAAUCAGGAAAUCCCUAGAUAAACAUACCGUAUUGUACACCACUUUGGUUGAGCUUUCUAAGACUUUGGAUUUGAACAACUGUGCAGUGUGGAUGCCAAAUGAGAAUGGAACACAGAUGAAUUUGACUCAUGAGUUGAAAGCAAGUUCUUCAAGGAGCUUUCACCAAUCUAUCACGACAAAUGAUCCUGAUGUGGAAGAGAUAAAAGAGAGUGAAGGAGUGAGAAUCCUGAGACCAGACUCAGCACUUGGGCUUGCUAGUGGUAGUGGAUCAGAUGAGGCGGGUGCUGUUGCAGCAAUCAGGAUGCCAAUGCUUCAAGGUUAUAAUUUUAAAGGGGGAACACCUGAAUCGGUAGAGACUUGCUAUGCCAUUCUGGUAUUGGUUCUUCCAAGUUCGAACUCAAGGAAUUGGAGCUACCCGGAAAUGGAGAUUAUUGAAGUGGUUGCUGAUCAGGUAGCUGUAGCUCUAUCCCAUGCUGCAGUUCUUGAAGAAUCUCAGCGAAUGAGAGAAAAACUGGGUCAGCAAAAUCGUGUGUUGCAGCAGGCAAGAAAGAAUGCAAUGAUGGCCAGCCAAGCAAGGAACUCUUUUCAGAAGGUGAUGAGUUAUGGUAUGAAGAGACCAAUGCACUCAAUUUUGGGCUUACUUUCAGUGUUUCAAGAUGAAAAUAUGAACUUCAACCAGAAGACACUUGUUGACACAUUGGUCAAAACGAGCAGUGUUCUCUCAACUUUGAUAAAUGAUGUGAUGGAGAUUUCAGCAAAAGAUAAUGGAAGAUUCCUGCUAGAUAUGGGACCUUUUAGCUUACAUUCCAUGAUCAAAGAAGCUUCUUGCCUUGCCAAGUGUUUCUCUGUCUAUAAAGGCUUUGGUUUUGAAGUUGGUGUUCAGAGCUCUUUGCCUGACCAAGUGAUUGGUGAUGAGAAAAGGGCUUUUCAAGUGAUAUUGCAUAUGGUUGGCUAUCUACUGGACAUCAAUAGCGGAGGUGGAACUGUCUUAAUGCGGGUUCUAUCGGAUGUCAGUAGCCAGGAAAACAAUGACAAAGUAAAUGCGUGGAGAUCAAGCACACAAGAUAAUUACCUGUACUUAAAGAUUGAAAUUGAUAUUUGUAGGGACCGUUCUCAUGCAGAUGCAUUAGUCUCAACCAAUCAUUCUUCUGGUAGGAGGCAUAACAAUGAUGAAAUUAAGGAAAGCUUGAAUUUCAGUAUGUGUAAAAAGCUUGUGCAGAUGAUGCAAGGUAAUGUCUGGAUAUCCACAAGCUCUCUGGGCUUUGCACAGAGUAUGACACUUCUUCUCAGGUUUCAAAUCCAAUCAUAUAUACAAAGAACCAUACUUGCACCUGGAAACUCUUCUGAGCAACCAAAUUCCAACUCCAGGUUCAGAGGUCUUCGAAUUUUACUAGUUGAUGAUGAUGAUAUAAACAGGACUGUUACCAUGAAGCUGCUAGAGAAGCUGGGUUGUGAAGUGACUACUGUUUCUUCUGGAUUUGAAUGUCUCAGUGCAGUUAGCCAUGCUGAAAGUUGUUACAGAAUUGUUGUUUUGGAUCUCUACAUGCCUGAAAUGGAUGGAUUUGAAGUGGCAGUGAGAAUCCGUAAAUUUCGCAGCCGUAAUUGGCCAUUGAUUAUAGCCUUGACAGCUAGUGCUGAGGAUCAUGUGCGGGAGAGAUGCCUACAAAUGGGAAUGAAUGCUGUUAUUCAGAAACCAGUUGUAUUGCAAGGCAUGGCAGAUGAGCUUCAAAGAGUUCUGCAACGGGCAGGGGAAGGGAUUUAAGGAGGUGCUCCCCUGGGUAGGCUGGAACUCAGAUUUGAUUCUUGGCCUCCAAGUAUGAGGAGGUAGUUGGCAAGGUUUUCUGGCACUGAUUACUUAUUUCAUUUCCUUUGGUGUUUCCAAUCAGCUCAUUAUCACAAUCAGUCUCAGCAUAGGGAUUUUUAACAUAGCAUUUGCAUCAUGUCAUUCCAUGGUAUACUACAAUAUAACCAUUAAAUUUUGCUAACCAUUUGCUCAUUGAACUUUAUUACUGGAAUUUCAUGGAAUGACUUGAGGUAAAAUUACUUGUUCACUUAUUCAAUACCAAAAUCAAAUUAAGUUUGAUGUAAUCCAUAAAUUUCUUUUUCUCUCUAUCUGUUGAAUGAAUGUAAACUCGAGACUUAUCAGCAGAAUACCAUGCUAUGAUGAUAUAUUGACUGAUUCUUGAAAACUUUAGCUGCAUUAAGCUGGAUUUUAUAGUCAGGCAUAUCUUUAAAAGGGUUUAUCAAGCUGCUAUAUUUUGUUUCCGAUAUCUUCCUUUCCUUUCCGGAGGGGAGCCUUGGUGUAAUCGGUACAUGUGACCUGGUGAUCACGGGUUCAAGUCAUGAAAGCAGUCUUUUGCAAAAAUGCAAGGAAAGACUAUGAACAACAGAUCUUUUUCCGGACCUCACGCAUAGCUGGAACGUUACGUUUCGGGCUGCCUUUUAUCAAUCUUUCUUUUACCGUUAGUACCGGUUAAUGUGAUUUAAACUAUUUUAAUAGCACCAGAGCUGAAUAUAAUCAAGAAAGGGUUGAAUCUUAUUCAUGAAACAGAAAUGGAAAUUUGAG